AUGGCAACUUUCACACAUUUGGUUCGCUUCUUAGCCAAGGAUGGCCAGGUCUACUACGGAGAUGCACUGCUCCCAUCGGGUGUAACAGACAUCUCCAAAGUUACCCAGGCCAAAGUGAUCAAGGGUGAUAUCUUUGGUCAGCACCAGGUGACUGACCAGGUAGCUGAGGUGCGGACACUCUUAGCCCCCCUGGCCCGUCAGGAUAUACAGACCGUUCGCUGCCUGGGACUCAAUUAUGAGCAACAUGCCAAGGAAUCCAAUCUGCCGAUUCCCCAGUACCCUGUUUUGUUCUUCAAGCCAGUGACUGCCAUCGCAGGCCCCACUGAUGAUAUUCCAGUGGGCCAAAUGGCGCAAGAGGGCGAAGGCCUAGAUUACGAAUGCGAGCUUGUCAUUGUUAUUGGCAAAGCAGCUCGGGAUGUACCUGAAAGCAAGGCAUUGGAGUAUGUUCUGGGUUAUGCGGUCGGUAAUGAUGUCUCCCACCGCGAAUGGCAGAUUAAGCGCGGUGGCGGCCAGUGGAAUCUGGGUAAAGGCUUCGAUGGCUGGGCGCCAUUUGGCCCGGGUAUUGUCUCCUCUCAGGUCAUCACUGAUCCAAAUGCCUUGAAUAUCUCGACCAAGUUGAACGGCAAGACUGUCCAAUCCUCGUCUACCAAGGAUAUGAUUUUCAGCGUGGCCAAGACCAUUGCCUUUUUGUCGCGGGGUACCACCCUCUUGCCUGGAGAUGUGAUUUUCACUGGAACCCCUCAAGGUGUGGGUAUGGGCCGCAAGCCCGCUCUCUGGUUGAAGGAUGGUGAUCAGGUUGAGGUUUCAUUGGAGGGUGUUGGAUCUUGUUUCAACCGCGUUGUCUUCGAUAAGCCUUCCGCUAAACUAUAG